AUGAAGAUCUCCACGACCACCAUCCUCGCCCUGGCCCUCUCCGCCACGAGCGCGCUGGGCCAGAUAACAAUCACAAAAGACGUGGCCUCCUGCACGGGCGACUAUUGGCUUGGCCGCAUCUCCCGCAAGUACUUCGUCGACGCCCUGGUCGACGACCCCGACCUGGUCCCCGCACUCUGCGGCCAGCUGUGGGACAAACUCAAGCGGUUCCCUGCCUGCCACACGAGCCUCAACGUCGCCUGCGAGAACAAGUGGGAGGGCGAGCUCAACUGGCGCUUCCAGGUCAUGGGGUACUGCAACCACGGUAUGGUCGAGUCCGCGUGGUAUGAGGCCACGGCGAACCGUUGGGGCAUGAUUCAGUGCAAGAGCAAGGACUUUUGA